AGGGUGUAAUAUAUUUAUGAACGUGCGAGGUUGUUGACGUAAAGCAGAGCGGAGGCUGUUUAAAAGUUUGCCGUUUGUUUCUGAAACUGCGCGACAAUAUUUCUCACGUUUAUAAAGUUUAAAAUGAAUCUAAAAUGGACGUGUUAUGACUAGUCGAGCCGCUGCCGUCACAAGCACAGCUCAAACAGUCUGUGUGAAAAGAAGACAGUAAGCCCUACUAAGGAUUAACCCAAAACGGAACAGACUGUGAAUGAAAAGCGCUCACACCACAGUUUGAUAAACACUGGACUAUGCCAAGUCCAGUCCUUUUUAAGGAUGAAAAGGCAGUGCACAGGAUCAACUGCAGCACCAACCAAGCUGACGCGCUGGGUGAACCCCUCGUUCUGUGACCUGACAUCUGACCCUGUGUGUGAGCCCAAGAAGCCCAGCACCCUGAGCUCCAGAGCGGAGAGCAGGAGGCCGGGCCGGAGGAGAGCCGGUUCAGCACCAGGCCUGAGAAAAGGACUGGCCAAAGGGGCUGUUCUGAACCAGGACGAGCCCUGGGUGGACCGCCAUGCCCCACACUCACAGGCUGAGUUGGCUGUUCACAAAAAGAAGAUUGAAGAAGUAGAGAAAUGGCUGACAGAGCACAUCAGCUCAUCCAGGGGGGGCGUCCUGCUGGUGACUGGUCCUUCAGGAUCUGGGAAAACGGCCACAGUGCAGGUCCUGUCCAGAGAGCUGGAGGCCCGGGUGCAGGAGUGGAGUAACCCAGUGCACAUGGAGCACAGCAGCCAGCAGGACUGGCAGCUGAAUGGUCUGUCGGGCUUCCAGGGCUCUCAGCUACAGCAGUUCCAGGACUUCCUCCUCAGGGCCAACAAGUACAGCUGUCUGCAGAUGAGUGGGGAGGGGAUGUCCUCUCUCAAGAAGGUCAUCCUAGUUGAGGAUUUCCCCAACCAGUUCUACAGACAACCCAGCUGCCUCCAUGACACCUUGAGGCGCUUCGUGAGGACAAGUCGAGUUCCUCUGGUGUUCAUCGUGUCGGACAGCGCGAGUGCAGACUGUAGCAGCAGACACCUGUUUCCCCGAGAGCUCCAGGAGGAGCUGCACAUUACUCACAUCAGUUUUAACCCUGUGGCGCCGACCACCAUGAUGAAAGUGCUGAGUCGUGUUUCAGCGGUGGAGGUGGAGAAGAGCUGUGGCCGCCUCACCUCCCCAGACCAGGCGCUGCUGGAGCGUCUGUGCACGGGCAGCUCCGGGGACAUCCGCAGUGCCAUCAACAGCCUGCAGUUCUCCUGUAUCCCAGACACGUCUUUGGAAAAAAAUCUUCUGAAAACAUUUAAAGAGAAGUCCUCUGGGGUGUCCUCUGGAAGGGGACGAUCCAAACCAAACCGCACUAAGAAGAGCAGACGAAGACCAGAGGAGGAGGAGCAGGAGCAGGCCAUUGGAGGGAAGGACGCCUCACUGUUCUUGUUCAGAGCUCUGGGCAAGAUCCUAUAUUGCAAAAGAGCUGUCCAUGACGGUUCAGAGGCAGUGAGCUCAGAACUGCAGGGGGGCAGUCUGCCUCCUCACUUGUCGCAGCACCACAGAGAGCCUUUGCUGGAGGACCCCGAGAUGGUGGUGGAGCGCUCGCAUAUGCCCUCAGACAUGUUCAGUCUGUACCUGCACCAGAACUACCUGGACUUCUUCUGUGAGAUUGAGGACGUGGAGAGGGCCAGCGAGUACCUGUCUGAUGCUGACCUGCUCUCUGCUAACUGGACGACUCGCAGCCUCCUGUCUGACUACAGCUCCUCAGUGGCCACCAGGGGGCUCCUCCACUCCAACUUUCAGCAGGCCACAAUGGGCUUCAGGCCUCUGCACAAACCUCACUGGUUGCACGUCCAGAAGAAGUACCGAGGGAACUGCCUGGCUGCUCAGACCCUCUUCAGAAGCUUCUGCCUCACUCCAGUGGCCCUCCAGUCUGAGCUGCUGCCAUAUCUGGCGAAGCUCUCCAACCCCAUGAGGAACCAAGCUCAGAUCGACCUGAUCCAGGAUGUGGGGCAGCUGUCUCUGAGGAGGUGGCCCAGCAGGUUAAAACUGGAGACUGUGGCUGAUAAAGAACUGGGCCAGCUUCUGGAGGACAGCGAGGAAGAGGAGCCAGGGAAGAAUGAAGGAGGCCUUCCAGACAGCCAGGAGAGCCUACCGGACAGCCAGACCCAACCUGGUACAGCCCAGGCUCUGCUGCAGCCAGAGGAGCUGCUUAUCGAGGAGUAUGAUAGUGACUGACCACCCCCCCUUCCUUACACACACAGGAUGGAAAUUUCUACUGCAGCCACCACCUCAUGCAGUAUUCAACUUUUUAAAGUACCAUUGGAAAUAAAACGAGAUUAAACCAGGUCUAAAGGCGGACUAGAUAGACCUAAACUUGGAUGAGGAGAGACUAAAGGUUUGAAGCGGAAAACACCCAACAUUGAUGUAGCACUAAAACCUAAACAAAAUUGUAAGUCAUUAAAAUAAAAAAAAUGAAACUAUAGAAGACCUUUGGUACCACCAGCGAAACCCUAAUAUUACUUUACUAACCCUCCUGCUUCAUAGUAAGAGUCAGCUGGUCUAAAGGAGGACUAACAACUUAAAAUAAAAAGGUAACUGUAAAAGUACCACCAUAUGAAGCCAUGGACCACACUUUGAUCUGAUUUAGUUUUCUCCACUAUGUUGGUUGUUUGAUAUUUAUUUGGAUGCAUUCCUGAUCUGCUGCUCUAAUGUGAGUCUGGUAUAUUUAUGUGUACUGUGCCAGAGGAGUGCUCAGUGGCUGUGACGUGGGUGGGUUUGUUAGUUCCUCCACACACCUUUUGUCAAUAUUUGCCCAGUUUGAGCUGCCUGUUGUCAGCUGAGUGAAGCCACUGUUGUUUUGUCAUUAAAAUAUAUUAUUGUUUCACAU